AUUCUUCCGUCCAUAGACAAAAGGUAACUUUCUGCCUAAGCAACGUUUUAUUGUUUUUCAAUACUGCAACCAUAGAUGAAUUCUUUUAAUUAAAAAAUAUAUUUGUCUCUUUCUUGACUUUUUUUUUUCACUAAAUAUUUUAUUGCAAUACAUACAUAAAUUUUUUUUUACAAUAUUGCUGAAUAAACGGAAAUUUGACUCCUGUUUUUUUUUAUUUUGGUUUAUUUUUUUCAAAAUUCAGCAGUUAAUUAUCACGUGACUUAAAUUGGUUUGCACUUUCAUAAAUACUACAUUUGUCAGUAAUGACGGUGUGUAUGUAUUUCUAGACUUCGUUUCACUGCUUUAUAUAUAACCGCAAUUAAUAUCUAGAAACUUCAAUAACCGAAACGAAAUUGAUUUUAUUUCGAUGGAUAUUGAUGAUAUUACAGACGAGUUUGAAAUUGGUUUCGAUCAGGUGGUAGGUGUUAUGUCUUUUGCUCUUAACUAUGUAACGACCUUAAUGAAAAAAAAUUGUGCCGAAUGGGUCAACGAUGGCAAUGAAAAAAAUCUUACUUGUACCAAUUGUUCAAGUCCUGAAACUUCAGAUGAUUCUUCGUCAGAUUUGAUUCCAACAAGCACAGAAGUAUUGUGUGAUUCAGGGCCAUCCAAAGAUAAGUAUCCCAAUUGCCUUAAUAAUUCAACUUCACAAUCACCACUUUCAGCUCAGUCACUUUCUCCAAGCUCACCACUUGCAGCUACUCAACGAACAACCUCAGAUUGCCCACCAAUUCCAACUGCCUCACCAUCACCACAAUCAACUCCGUUGUGCUCAGCCGGUGUCUCUUUAGUGAUAGGCAACUUGAAAUGGUGUACAGAACUAACUGAAAUAAUAGCCCGGCUCACUAUUGGUCAUCAAGUGCAAGUGUGUAUGGAUGAUGAAAGUGCGUAUGAGAUGUGCAACAGGCAAGCCUAUAGCUUGAUAUGGCUUCUAGUAAACCCACUAGUCAAUCAAGAGUUACUUAGUCUUACAACUUCCAUUAGAUAUGUCAGUAAAUAUAACAAAAAUACUAUCGUUAUCGGAGUCUCUCCAACUAAAAUUGAUGUUGAUCUUAAACUCCAUGGUAUUGAUGAAACCGUUGUUCAACCAGUCACGAAGUCCAUUGUCCAAAAUAAAUACAGCAAAUUGACAUCUGUUCAACUGAAUGAAGCGGAACAAGUGACUACAGAGACUUGCUCAAGUGAUACUAAUUCUUGCUCAGAGGAUUCUACCAAUCUAGCAGAUGUUGAUUGCGAUGAAGGAAUUCCGCCUCAUAUCCGUGAAUUCGACCAAUAUGCUACCAGGCUAGGACAAACAAAUAUAACAACAAUCACUGGUCAGUUGAAAUCUCCAAACAUUUCUAACGGACAUGAUCACACAGCCAAGGAAAAGUUACGUCGAGAACGCAUUAAAGAAAGCUGUGGUCAAUUAAGAGUACUACUACCAUACGUCAGAGGCAGGAAAACUGACAUGGCGUCCAUUCUAGAAUUAGGUGUUAAUUACAUAAAAAUAGUCAACACUAUCUUACCACAAGAAUUACAGUCUCAGAUUACAAAUAUUCUCAGUAAAGACUACAUAAUGAAAGAGAAUACAAUGAAAAGUAAUCAACCGAAUAUAGCAUCCUCCAGAAAAACAACGGCUCCGGUGCAAAAAGUUAUCAAAACGAAUAAAGAUCAAGAUUACACGUCCAAUAAACUAACUCCAGUCUCCGAAUUUUGCCAUGAAGGACAAGUACAACGGCUCAAUGUGAAAAGUGUGUCCAAUAACAGUGCUGCAAAUGUUGCAACGUCACCGGUCAAGAGACCUAAUUCCAAAAUGGAUGGAACUACAAGUGCUAAGUACCUGGAGACAAAUGAUACACAUCUACAAUAUGCUGUCCAUAAAGAACCUCGAUUGGAAAUGACUGGAACUGCAGAGAGUGAUGAAAUAACAAUUCUUGAAUAUAAGAAAAACUUCAAAGAUAAUUCUAUUCCCAGUCGAAUGACCACCACUGUCUCAACAAAUUCGAAACCUAUACAAAGUAGCAUUUUAAAUUCAGAAAUCCGAUUAAUUCCUGUGGUUAAUGACAAUGCAAACAAGAAAAAUUACAUAAAGCAGGAACUACCUAUACAUAUGUGUCCAUAUUCAAUACCUUUAUACCAAGCAAACGAGUGCUUUGUUCAUAAACAGAUUGCACCAGUUGGACCACAAACACAAUUAUUUUGUCCACCAAGACAGUACGUCAACUACCCAAACCUCUGUGCAUACCCAUCUAGCUAUUUUGGCAAUUCGGAAAUCGGGCAAACGGAUGGUAAUUUUGUAGCUGGAAAAUAUAAUUUCAAUGACAAUGAAUUUGAGCAUUCAAAUAUCCCCAUGUAUUAUCAUUGCUCAAAUAAUGAAGCACCAAAAUCUAACUCCACAGAAAUCGUGCAGAUGUCAGAUGCAAGCCAGUCAUCUUUCUAUAGAUCUAGAGUUGAUGAGCCAUUACCUGCUGAUUACCCUUUAAACACUCAUCUGGAUACAUUGCGCAGUAAUGAAACAAACGAAUUAUUUAACGGCUUCAUGACAUUGGCAAACACACCAACCAAGACCUCUGAUAUUUCACUUCAUGAAUAGAUUCACGUUAGCAGCAAUAAGAAUGAGGACAGUGACAACAACAGCAAUGAUAACAGCUACACUACAAAUCAAAAUCAAACAUUCCAUAAUUUUGAGGCUUUUCAAUAAAUAGCCGGAUAUAGUCCUAAGCUUAGCGAAAAUUGAGAAGUUUAAUUCAAGACUUACAAACCAUUUGUGCUAAGGUAUAAAUGAACCUACAAUACCAUUAUGGUAUCACAUUUUGACAUUGUGAAAGCCAUACUUCAUGCCAAGGACAGCAAGUUGUAGCUAAUUAUUCCCCAAGAGGAGAAACAAUUCUGAAAAUAUCAGAUUCACCUGAUAACUAUAGCCAUCACUAACAAACGAUUAAAACUUAUAAAUAAAUAAUUUUUUUACUUU